AUCACUCGGUGGAGUACAAACCUGUGGUUGGGUGGCUUGGUCUCCAUUAAUACAUCUCACCAUUCCCUUCCAGUUUUUCAUCUUCCCCCCAAUUCGUUCUCUCUUUCUCCUCGCCAUCGCUGGUUCCUUUCUUGCUCGCAUUGGAAACCCUAGACAGAUUCCGUUCCGAUCGGCUUCGAUCUCGCUCUUCUCGGAUGGGUGGCGGCAGGGUCUGCUCCUCCGCCUGGCCUUCCUUGUCCGCUUCGUCCUCGCCGUCGCUCAACGCGGCCUCUCCGUCCGAGACGGCUUCGACGUCCGUCACGGACACCGUGAACGGAUCGCACCAUUUCAAGAUCUCCGGAUAUUCGCUGCUUAAGGGGAUUGGCGUCGGCAAAUACACGACGUCGGACACGUUCACCGUGGGGGGUUACGACUGGGCCGUCUACUUCUACCCCGAUGGGAAGAGCGCGGAGGACGCUGCGGCGUAUGUUUCUCUGUUCAUCGCGCUGGCUAGCGAGGGGACUGACGUCAGGGCGCUGUUCGAGCUGACGCUUCUCGAUCAGAGCGGCAGGGAGCGGCACAAGGUCCACAGCCACUUUGGAAGGAGGCUUGAGAGCGGCCCCUACGCACUCAAGUACCGAGGCAGCAUGUGGGGCUAUAAGCGUUUUUACAAAAGAACUGCUUUAGAGACAUCAGAUUACCUUAAAGAUGAUUAUCUCUUAGUUAAUUGUACUGUUGGUGUUGUUAGAUCACAUACUGAGGCACCCAAGAUCUACACCAUAGCAGUACCACCUUCUAACAUAGCACAGCAUUUUGGUCAGCUUCUACAAGGUGGAGAGGGGACUGAUGUGAGUUUUGAGGUUGAUGGUGAGAUAUACAAUGCUCAUAAAUUGGUACUUGCAGCUCGAUCACCUGUUUUCAGGGCCCAACUUUUUGGUCCAAUGAAAGACAGGAACAUGCAUUGCUUAAAGAUUGAAGAUAUGGAAGCUCUUGUUUUUAAGGCUCUACUCCAUUUCAUAUAUUGGGAUUCUUUACCUGACAUGGAAGACCUUGUUGGUCUAAACGUGAAAUGUGCUUCUACUCUAAUGGCUCAACAUAUGCUUGCUGCCGCUGAUCGCUAUGCAUUGGAUAGGCUUAAACUGCUAUGUGAAGCAAAGCUGUGUGAGGAUGUUGCCAUAAAUACUGUGGCUACAACUCUAGCACUUGCUGAACAGCAUCAUUGUUUUCAGCUUAAAUCAGUAUGUCUCAAGUUUGUUGCAUUACCUGAGAACUUGCGAGCCGUGAUGCAAACUGAGGGAUUCGAACACUUGAAGCUCAGUUGCCCAUCUAUUCUAGCUGAGCUUCUAGAAUAUGUUGUCAGAAUCGGAGAAAACUCCGUAGUCUAUACAAAAGAUACCCUCGACGGCAGUGAUGCAAAUGGAAGGCGAGUGAAACCUCGGCUAUAAUGUCGCGGCGCAAGGGACUCACCAUUGUCAAAAGCUCACUCACUAUUUGUAAAGAUUGUAAAUUUGUGUUAACACUUAAAUAUCCUGGGUAACUCACUCCUGCAGUCCUGCCUCUUGUACCUCUUUAUUAACCCCUAGGGAGAGCCAAACUGAGCUUGUCAAAAGUCCAGUUACAUUUCCUGAGGGUAACACCUAAGGAACCGUCGUUGUGGAAACGGCUUGCAUUGUACAAUGUGUAGAACGCCAAUUCUAAUCCUUCAUUGUUAGCUUGCUGCA